GGAAGUGACUUGAAUUGUCAAUUCAGAAAUGGUUCAUGUAUAAUUUUGGAUGUGCCUGGUUAGGAUGAGUUAUUAAAAUGCUCACUGGUGACUACCAAUAGAUCUUCAGCUUGCUCUCUCAUCCCCUUGGAUUCUUACAUAGUUUGUGCUAAUCUGGGCACUUUGUAUUAUUUUUAAUCAUUUCAACUACCACUACUGCCUUCCUGGGCAAGGCAGGAAUAUAUUCAAAUCUUUGUACUUUGCUUGGAUAUUCAGACUGACUUUCAUGUCUUAGUGCUUGGAUUUUUGGAGAAAUAUCUGAGGAUUAUUUGAGAUUUUUCAGUUGAAUUUGAAAGCUUUCUCCCCUGGAUAAUACAGGUGGAUGACAUCAAUCAUGAAGAACACACACAUUCUAUCAGUAGCAUUCCUGGUGUUACUAUCAGCUAUCUGCAAAGCUAGGCCAGCCAACAGAACACCCAAUACAAUAUCAAACUCAGUCUAUCAAGUAGGUGAUCACACAAUUCUUGACCUGGUCGUCGACAAACUCAACAGAUUACAAGAAGAGAUGGAUCAACUUAAACAACAACAAAUCAUAACGCUUGAAACAAGAGAGGGAACAUAUUCAGAUUCUUCAGUAAUUCAAAGAAUAGUUGGUCCACCACCCCUAGACUGCCAUGAAGUAAGACGGAGAGAACCAAGGGCUGAGAGCGGUGUCUACAUGAUCAAACCAAGAGGUCAGUUUGAUGCAUUACCCAUCUACUGUGAGAUGGACAAAGAAGGAUUUGGAUGGACAGUCUUCCAAAGACGGAAGGACGGAUCCGAAGACUUCAACCGCAACUGGCGCGACUACUCGCGAGGGUUCGGCAAUGUGAGCGCUGAAUUUUGGCUUGGCAAUGAAUUCCUCCACCACCUGACGAUGCAGUAUCAGUACAUCCUGCGCGUAGAGGUCACCGACUGGUUCAAUAGGAAAUACAUCGCGGAUUACGCUGGUUUUGAAGUGGACAGCAAGAGAAACGACUUCAGAAUGACCGUUGAGGAAUUCCUUGGAGGCAACGCGACCGACGCACUGACCUACCACAGCGGGAGCAAAUUUACGACGACGGACAAAGAUAAUGAUGAUAGUGAUGGUGUAAAUUGCGCUAUCGUACACCACGGGGGAUGGUGGUUUCAAGCUUGUGAUCGAUCUAAUCUCAAUGGAUUGUAUUAUCACGAUGGUACUUAUGGUGGUGAAUGGGACGACGGCAUAGAGUGGAAAGAAACGGACGGACCGCCGUUUUACUCUUACAAGGAAACUAAAAUGAUGCUAAGACCAUGGGAAUAAUCAGGACAUUUCGGAACAAUUUAAAAAAAAAACUAUUUCAAAAAGUUUUCAUUCCCAUUUCAUGCUGAGUGUAUUCUGUAAAUACAGUAUUUUUGUCUACCUUCAACUUUGCUAUUAGCCAAAAUAACCUGUAUUUCAAACAAGCUGCUCCGUUACAGAAGCACUUGUUAUAUUACGUGACAAAUUUGUUUAAUGUUUUACUUUGUAAAUAAAUGUAAUGUUGGUGCUAAACUCUUGUUGAAAGAGACUAUUUGUGAGUUUACACAUCUUCACAAAGAUGAAUGAAUCAUGAUCAUUUCAGUAAAUUUAUUACUAAAUAGGAAUGAAUCAUUUCACGUGCAUACAUCGAGGGAAAUGAAAAAAUUCAAUUCAUCCCUUUUCCCUCCAUUCAUUCAUCAAUAUUUAUGAAAUUACACACAAAAUUACUAGAAAACAAUCGUCACAUUUCUAAGGAUAUAUUCAAGAGGCAUUCUGGAAAUACAUCCCUUACUUUACAGAAUGCAUUUACUCAACUCCUGAUAUUGCUCAAACACACCAUACACAUAAUCUGAACACCACAAAAUCAUAGUUUAUUGAAACACUUCCUAAAAAGAAAAAAAAAGUUUUUACAACUUUCGGAAUCACAGGGUCAAAGGAAGUAGGUCGGCUCCUUGAUGGGAGGUACUAUUGGUGAAGUACGGUGAAGUAUGGAAGAAAAGAUCCACUAAUUUGGAGAAAAGUGAAACAUAGUUGUCUUGACUCUCUUGAGGAUUUUAUACAGCUUGGCCCAUUGAAAUCUGUGUUUACACUCAUUGACACACUUAUCACCUGCUUUCUAUAGGUAAUGGGUUAACUUGUUUUUUAUUACUGGGCCCCGUCUUAAAAAGAGUUAGAAUUGAUUCAAUCAAUAUAAACUGUUAGGAAAUCCAUCCAUACCAUAAUUUGCACAAUCUAAACAAAGAGAAUCACACUAUUAGAAUAAUGAAUGUAUGAAUAUACAUCAUAUAAAUUUGCAUUUUAGAUGUUGCUGGCCAUCCAUAGUUGUGGUUGAUCGGAUCAAUCGCAACUCUUUGUAAGAUGGGACCCAGAAUUCUGUACUAUCCAAAGGCUUUGCUUAGGAACCACCCACUUCCAGUUGGCAAUCUGCUAACAAAAAUGGGUCAAUCAGCAAAUAAUUUAAUAUAAAACUUACCUGGUUUCCAUAGAAGAAGCUGUUGUAGCCGGUGGUUUCUAAGCAUGCCCCGUAGGGUGUAAAGGAAGAUGGGAGUGCUUUAGGGGUGUAGAUGGGCUUCAUACCACCCCUCGGGGGUGCAAACAUGUGAUUGAUGGGGUACAGGCUUACUCUGUAUUCAUCCUACAGAGAAAGGAUAUUGAAAACAAAAUGAUAUUUGAUUUUUUAUGCAUCUAAGUGUUUAUUCCCAGGUUCAACUGGCUAAGCAUUUUGUUUUACAGAUAAAAAGUUAGAUGUUAAAAUUAUAUUAGUUUAUUACUCUUAAUCAAUUGUUCAAAUUUAUCAAGAUCUAUAUAAAUGCGGAACAUUGCAAUUAAUAGUAUUACACGUAUGGAAGAUUUACAGAGCACAGUAGGUCUCUGUUUUUAGGAUGAAUAAAUUGCCUUUUUAAAAUCAUUUCAUUGCUCUGCUCUGGGAUAUAUCGUACAACAUUUGAAUGUUCUAGUGCAAAUGAAAAGAAAAAUAUGAAAGGGGAAUGAUAUACACUUUUCACUCAUAAUUUUGAGAAGAAGCAGCAGCAGAAGAAGAAAAAGGAUGAUGAUAAUGAUGACAAAAUAAGAAGCACAAAAAAUGAAGAAACAAGGAUUAUAACUAAGUCUACAGCAAACCAUUACAAAAAUGCAUCUUUAAGUUUAUUACAUCCUCCUGAUUAUAUUCUUAUUUCACACUCAAAUGUGUUCUUGAAGAAUACUUAGAUUAAGUUUAAUUUCCAGCAGUUGAUAAUAAAAAAAAAUAUAUAUAAUUAUAUUCAUUGCAUAACUAUAUAUGUCAAAAUGUAUUCAAAUGAAUGGAUAUUUUAAUUCCACAAAGACCAAGCUAUCUACUUUAUUUCUCCUAUACAAUAUCAUAUAUUAAAGUUUUUUAAACAGUUUUGGUGAUUCAAAAUUAUUGUUUUCAAUUAGGAUGUAUAUAAUCCAAAUGUGUAAUUAUUUAAUACUAACAUGUAUUCCUUUCCACAUAAUCAGUAUUCCAUUUUGACACAUCUAUUGGCCUUAUUGUAUACUGUCUUAUAUAUUUGACUGUAAAUAUGGUUGCAUACAUUAUGUAAUGCCACAUUAAAAUGAUGACAAUUUUUUGUAUGUACAUCAUUCAACUGUUUUUGUUUUAUAAUGAACUGAAUUUGGAGCUUUAUUAUUAAAAAAUUUAUAUAUAUGGAUUAUCCUGUCAAUUAAUUAUAAAUGUAAAUGGUUACCAGAUAUUGGGGAGGUUUUUUCGUACAUGUGUAUGUAAAGAUUUCCCAUUUUUGGUGAUACCUUAUGCAUUAUGUAUCAAGAACAAUUUUUUUCUAAAUUCUAUAAAUGAACGUUUUUCCUUACUUCUUAAAACCUAGAAUAAGUAAAUGGUAGAUUGUGAUGGCAUCAUUAUUUAAUGAGUGAGAGACAUAUUUUGCUUUAAUUUAAAAAUAUGAAUAUGAUCAAAUAAGAUCAAAUUAAAAGAAUAUAUAAAGUAACAGUAAAUUUUAACUUGUGACUUUUCUAACUUUAUUUUGAUCUAAAUAGGGAGCAAUGAAUGUCAUUAGCUCCUUUAAUACUUGAAUCUUGAAAGAUUUAUUUUUUUGAAUUGUUUUAAGGAGCUGUUGUGUCUGAGCACUCACUGCAUUUUGUUAAGCUAAAUCAAGUUUGUCUGAGAAUAAUGUGUGAUGAAUGAUGUAUGAUAUCUAUUAUAAUGUGACGUUUCAAAAAUAAAGCUAAAAUAUGACAAAAA